CUGGUUGAUCCUAUUAGCACACCGCAAUCAUCCUCCCUUUCACCUCGUCUGAAGCUCAUCUCUGAAUCCUCUCUUCUCUCCUCUCCCAAACCGCCAAAAUGUCUAUCCCCGCCUUCUCCGACAUUGCCAAGCCGGCCAACGACCUCCUCAACAAGGACUUCUACCACCUGUCCGCCACCACCUUCGAGUUCAAGGACACUGCCCCCAAUGGCGUUGCCUUCAAGGUGACCGGCAAGUCCAGCCACGAGAAGGCCACCUCUGCUGCUAUUGAGGGAAAAUACACCGACAAGCCUACUGGCCUGACCCUGACCCAGACCUGGAACACCGCCAACGCCCUCGACACCAAGAUUGAGGUCAGCGACUCCCUGGCCAAGGGCCUCAAGCUCGAGGGUCUCUUCAACUUCCUGCCCGCCAGCUCCGCCAAGGGCGCCAAGUUCAACCUGCUCUUCAAGCAGCCCGGCUUCCACGGCCGUGCCUUCUUCGACCUCCUCAAGGGCCCCACCGCCAACGUCGAUGCCGUCGUCGGCCACGAGGGCUUCCUGGCCGGUGCCAGCGCUGGCUAUGAUGUCAACAAGGCUGCCCUGACCGGCUACAGCGCCGCCGUCGGCUACGUCGCCCCCCAGUACAGCGCUGCCAUCACCGCCACCGACAACCUGAGCGUCUUCGCCGCUUCCUACUACCACAAGGUCAACAGCCAGGUUGAGGCCGGUGCCAAGGCCACCUGGAACUCCAAGACCAGCAACACUGUCGGCCUCGAGGUCGCCAGCAAGUACCGCAUUGACCCCGUCUCCUUCGCCAAGGUCAAGAUCAACGACCGUGGUAUUGCCGCCCUUGCCUACAACGUCCUCCUCCGUGAGGGUGUCACCCUGGGUCUUGGUGGCUCUUUCGAUACCCAGAAGCUCGACCAGGCUACCCACAAGCUCGGUGCCAGCUUCACCUUCGAGGGUUAAGCCUCGGAAACCCCUUAGUACUACCCUGUCGUCAUUAACAUCCCAUAUGCAUACGUUGUGCGUAUGAGAUGUCAGUGAACGAGGUUGGCUUGGUUGCUUUUUGCGCAACUGCGUCUCCAUUCAGAAGCCCCCCCCUUUGGAAGUUUUUGAAAAAUAAAACGAAAAGAGGGACUUCUUACGAUUUGAUCUCGGGUGGUAGAUAGAUGCCUUUUUCUCUUUCCGAGCAACCGGGUAUUGAACAACCAAAAAAAGAAUAAAGAAUAUUUUGCGCAAGUGAACAAACACGGUUGCUGUCUGUCUGUCUGUCUGCUGGUCGAUGUUAUGUUUAUGUUUGUGAUGUCUUCUUUUCUUUCCCCCCCUUCUCUCUUUGGUGUUUAAAAGCAUGGCUGCAAAUAUCUGUAUAUUAGCAUACGCUCGUUCUCCGUACCGCAGUCGUAUAUGUACUUUAAUGCGCAAUGACUUCGUGAAUGAUGAGAUGAAAUAGCGAUU